CACCCGCUGCGACCUCUCUCUCACUACCGCCCGCUCACCAUGUCGACCCUUUUCAGUAGCGCCGCAGCCCCGGCGCCUACGUCAACAACUGGAGACACGAGCAAAGACCUAGAGAUCGCCGCCAAUAUGCUGCCAUCCGAUAGUGUCUCCGCCCUCGCCUUUUCACCUACCCACGAUUUGCUCGCCCUGUGUGCAUGGGAUGGCACGGUCCGCAUCUACGAAGUGAGCAACAAUGGCAACGUAUCUGGCAAAUGGAUGUUCAAGUGCGAGCCCAAGGCAGGAGGUCCGCUCGAGCAUCCUCUCUGCGUCACUUGGUCCAAGGAUGGAGCCGCCAUUGCAGCCGGAGGUGACGGUGGCACGAUUUUCUACGUUAACCUCAACGAAGCUGGACCCGGGGGUGAGAUCAAACCUACGCUCGAUUUCAAGCAGCAUGAGUUGGGUGUCAAAGGUCUUUGCUUCUUCAUGAGUGGUGGGAAAAGUUUGCUUGCGAGCGGCUCUUGGGACAAGACGUUGAAGUACUGGGACCUCCCAAGCCAUGGCCAAGUGGGACAGACCGUACAGUGUGCGGAGCGCGUCUACAGCAUGGACGUCAAGGACCACCUACUCGUCGUCGCAACUGCCGAGCGCCAUAUCCACAUCAUCAAUCUGAAUGAGCCUAACAAAAUCUACAAGACGAUACAGAGUCCGCUGAAAUGGCAAACGAGGGUUGUGAGCUGUUUCACGGAUGCGUCAGGGUUUGCUGUAGGCUCCAUCGAGGGUCGUUGCGCCAUCCAAUACGCUGAAGACAAAGACACAAGUCUCAAUUUUUCUUUCAAAUGCCAUCGCCAACCAGAUCCCACUACCCGCGACCUUGCUAAGGUGUAUUCCGUCAAUGCGAUCUCCUUCCAUCCGCAACACGGCACAUUCAGCACUGCGGGCUCGGACGGCACGUUUCACUUUUGGGACAAGGAUGCCAAACAUAGACUGAAAGGAUACCCAGAAGUGAAUGGCUCCAUCACAGCUACAAGUUUCAGCAAAGACGGUAAUAUCUUUGCCUACGCCAUCAGCUACGACUGGAGCAAAGGGUAUAGUGCCAACAACCCCCAGCAACCCAUUAAAGUCAAGCUCCAUCCCAUCAUGGGUGACGAGUGCAAGCCGAGGCCCGGGUCGAAGAAGAGAUAG